AGGUAGGAUUUUUAAAUAUACUCACUGACAAACAAAUGCUUCUUGCUCCAAAAAAAAAGAACAUUAAACUCUCCCAAUCAAGCCACCAGAAAUAAAUGGCAGAAUCUGGAAUCCACAGAUAUGCAGUGGUAACAGGGGCAAACAAAGGGAUUGGAUUCGAGAUUUGCAAACAACUUGCUUCAAACGGGGUCAAAGUGGUGUUGACUGCUAGAGAUGAAAACAGAGGGAUUGCUGCACUCGAGAAGUUCAAAGGGACUGAUAUUUGUGAUCUUGUUAUAUUUCAUCAGCUCGACGUGGCUGACCCUGCUAGCGUUGCUUCUUUAGCUCAGUUUUUGAAAAACCAAUUUGGCAAGCUUGAUAUUUUGGUGAACAAUGCAGGAAUUGGUGGAGUUAUGGUAGAUGAAGAAGCUUUUAGAGCUUCAACAACUAGUGGCAAUGAGGCUACUGGAACCCAAAUCAAGAUGGAAGGCAUGUUAACUGAUAAUGAGGAGUUGGUUGUACAAUGUCUGCAAACAAACUACUAUGGUGCCAAGAGAAUGAUUGAGCAUUUCCUUCCCUUCCUCGAAUUAUCAGACUCCCCCAAAAUUGUAAAUGUUUCGUCGUCCAUGGGAAAGUUAAAGGGCUUGAAAAAUGAAUGGGCUAUAGGAAUAUUAAGUGAUGUUGAAAAUUUAACAGAAGAGAAAAUAGAUGAAGUACUUGACCAGUAUCUGAAUGAUUAUAAAGACGGAUUGUUAGAAAUUAAAGGCUGGCCUACUACAUUAUCAGCAUAUAUUGUCUCAAAAGCAGCCAUGAAUGCUUACACAAGGAUCUUUGCUAGAAAAAAUACAGCAAUAUGCAUCAAUUGUGUGUGUCCAGGCUUUGUUAAAACAGAUAUUAACCGUAAUACUGGUAUACUAAGUGUGGAAGAUGGUGCAGAAACUCCGGUUAAGGUAGCAUUGUCUCCCCAAGAUGAGCCUUCUGGGUGUUUCUUUGAUAGAAAUGGGGCCGUAUCUUUUUAUUGACCACAAAUUUAGAAGAUUGUGUCUUUUCGAUGAUACUUGAUCAUGAAAACGAUGCUUGUGAGCACGAUUGUUGUUUUUGUAUCUUUCGUUAGGACUUUUAUAUCUUCAGUAUACUAAAUAAAAGAUCUUAUUUCAUGUCA